GAUAAGGAUGGAAAUUUAACAAAUGAAUUUUUGCGUUAUGGUAGAAGUAUAGUCAUUAGUUAUAUAGAUAAGGAUGGGGAUGAAAAAGAAUUGUUGUUAACUUUGGAGGAUUUCGAAUAUGAUAAAACAUUAAAUUAUGAAAAUGGUAGUAAUGGGAAAUGUAAAAUAAGUUAUGAGGAAAAUGAAACUGAAAGAGGAGAGAGUGAAAAUAUAAAACGUACCAGAUUUGAUGAAUCUGGUGAUGAAUGUAGUAAUACUAGAGAUGUUAAUGGUUUCGGUGGUCGAAACAUGCCAUUAAUUUAUAAUGGGAUUGGUGAUGGUAGUAGUGGAAAUUCAGGAGGUAAUUCAACUGGUGGUAGUUCAGGCAAUACUGGUAAUCCGAAUAAUCCAGGAUUAAAUAUAGGUUCUGGAGGUAAUCCAACUAGUGGAAAUACAACUGGACCAAAUACAGGUACUGGAAAUACAAAAGGUUUAGGAAAUAGUACAGGAUCUAAUACAGGAAAUCCUGGCUCUAAUACUGGUGGAAAUCCAGGAGGAUCAAAUCAAACAGGUGAAACAGGUACUGGUAAUCCAAGUGGUAAUUCUGUAUCUAGUAUAACCCCAAAUCAAAAAUUAGCUUUGGAUGAAAUAUUUAAAAAUUUACAAAUGAAUCGAACUAAUAAUGAUGAUAAUGAUCUUGAAGAACUUAGAAAAGUAUCAAAGCGUCUUGCAGAUUUACUUAAUAUGGAAAAUGUUAAUAAAAACUAA